CAUAAUUAGUUAUUAUUUGCUUAAAGCUAGUGGCUUCACAAAAUCUGGAAUAAAAUGCCUCGCCCAAGGGUUCAGACAUCAUUGACUUUAUUCGGAUCUCCGCCAUAUGGAUUUCGAAUUUCUGGAGGAAUAGAAUUCAACCAACCCUUGGUUAUAACUCGAGUAACCCCUGGAAGUUUAGCUGCAAGAAGUGGUGUGCAGUCAGGAGAUGUUGUUAUUGCAGUUAACAAUCAAUAUGUACAAGAUUUAUCUCAAGAUCAAUGUGAAGCAAAAGUGAGACAAGCAGUUGGGUCUUUACAUAUGGUUCUCGAAAAGAAUGCUGCAAAAGUAACAGAACUCCCAGGAGGUCAAGUUCAGGUUGAUGGUGAUAGGAGUAUUUAUACUGCUGUCAAAGACACCCAGCAAAGAAUAUCCAAAUAUAAUAGAAGUGCAAAACCAUUUGGUGCGCCGGCAACAACUGCAACAGAAUGUGAAGUAGAGAAGCCCGCGGAGACAAAAUCAGGAUUUAAACCUGUUUCAUUUAAACCAAAAACGCAAUCUGCCGAUGAAACCACGCUUCCUACUUCUGCUAGAGGGGAGCCAGAUGGCAUAAACUCAGCUACAGAAGGUAUUGCGAAGGUAACCAUAGAAAACCCUGACGAUGCAAAUGCGAAUGGCUCAGCUAAGUCUACUUAUGAUGUAGGCAAAUAUAAUCGCAGACCAGCGCCAUUCAAACCCGGAAAUGCAUCUAAUAAUUCUAAUGUUGCAACUCUACCAGAACCAGACGACUUUCCUCCACCACCGGAUUUUGUGCUAGACUCCCAGGAGCAACCUCCAUAUAUGGUAACGUCAAAUGCAGGUUCUGGCAAUCCAACCAACAAGACAGUAACCAAAAAGAUAAUUGUUGGUGGUAACUCUCCACUAGGUCUUUACUCAGGUGCAAAUGCAGCCGAGACAUACAAGGCUCAGGUUGGAGAUUUAUAAAUCCUCAUACUGUACUUAAUUUGUAUACAGUUUUAUCAUUUGCAGCAGUACCUUGUUAACCAUAACCAUAAUCAAUCAUUGUCAAUAUUCCUUCCAUUACCACUUUGAUAUUGCAAAAACAUCGCCUACCAUGAGCUGAUGGAUUUGUAAUUUUUCUAUGCACAGAUACAGUGGCGUUUGCUAGUAUAAAUAACCAUGUCAGUAAUAUAACAUUUUAUUAAAAUGGCUUCGUCGCAAUUGCAGACUCUUUUCUGGCUCUAUUAAUGCCUUUCACUCUAUUAGGUGUCAGGAGUCACCAUAUAUAUAUCGUUUGCAUAUUCGUUCGUUUUAAGAACAUGCGGUGUGAUUUUCCAAAACAUAUCAAUAUUUCCACUUUUUCAUGAGGCCCAAACACAAUCCGUUUCUACAUUCGUCUUAGUUGCCAAAUUAAGUUGAUUAAGAUAUGUAAGAAAUUUAUUCUAAUUGUGGACCUUUGACAAAUGACUGUAUUUUGUGAAAAAAAUGGAAGGCACUUAUAGACGUUUUUACUACUAUUAAUCAUUUUUGCUAGAUACAUACAUACACUUAUUUGCACAUGCAUGAUUUUUUAAAGUCGUAAGUACUGAUUUUAUUAUUAAGCAUGUAUUUGUUUAUUGCACUGCUUCGCUUACCGUGCCAGAAACAUUUUCUUGAGAAAUGCUUGACGAAACAGGCCCGUAUUUGUUCAGCAUCUGCACAAUGACAUGUUUCUGGCACUGGAUUGUAUAAAAAAUUAAUGGAAAGCUUCCGAAUCAAGUGUUUAGCAUGAUUGUGAUUGUAAUGAAAUAAAAAAGUAUAUUCUUCACCAAUCAG